AUGGGGAAUUGUGUUGGAAAUUCUAAAUAAAUGUAAAGCGAUGUUACAAAUGAAAAUAAAGUAACCUAAUUUCUAAGUAAACCUGGAUAUAAGCUUGAAAAUAUUUUAGGUGAAGGUGAUUAUUCAUUAGUUUACAAAGCAUCGAAAGAUAACACUUCUGUAGCAAUUAAAAUAUAUAAAUAGUACAAGGAUGAUUAUGAAAAAGAAAAUGAAAUUUUAAAAAAACUAAAAGGUCAGGAUUAUGUGAUUCAGAAAGUAGAUCAAAUUGUUGAUAAAAAAAUAAAAAUGAAAGCUAUUGUCACCGAAUUAUAUGAUUGUAGUCUGGAAGACAUCAAAAAAUUAAAUAAGUUUAAUUUUAUCCAAGUGAUAGCAUUAACUUAUUAGCUGUUGAAAGCAUUACAAGUCUUAAAUUAAUAAAAUGUCAUACAUAGCGAUAUUAAACCAGCUAAUAUCCUUUAUAGCUCUGAUAAAAAGAUGUUUGUUUUAUCUGAUUUUGGACUAUCUCAUUAACUCAAAAAUCCUAAAUUAUAGAAUACAAAUUAUACUUUGAUGGGAAACAUCUAUUACUAAUCUCCAGAAGUUUAUAAUGGUUAAAAGCCAUAUACUCUUAAAGUAGAUGUAUUUUCAAUAGGAGUAUUAGUACUUGAAAUAUUAACUUAAAAUAACUUUGAUGUAUUAAAAGUAUAAAAAUUGCAUACAUAGUCUUUAAUGGAGGCUUUUCCUGAAUUAAAAUACCAUGAAAACAAAAAUUUCAUUCAAAAUAUUUUAAGUAAUAUGGUUAAUCAUGUAGCAGAAAAAAGACUAGACCCAGAUUAACUACUCUAUAAUAUAGAAUAAUUUUAAUAUGACGAAAACUGUUUAAAAUACUUAAAAUUGAAACCUUAAGAUUGUAAUAAAGAAGAAAAUAAAAAAUUUGAUACAAAGUUCUUUGAUUCAAAAACAACUCCUGGAUUAAUCAAGAAGGUUGAAUAUACUAAACCAAAUGAUCAAUAAUAACUUCAAUUCAAUUAACUUCUAAUAAGUUUGCAAAAAUAAGACAAAUGA